UAUCUGGUAUGUAAAAGGAAGCUAGAGAGUAAGAAGGAAGCGUUGCUUAUUCUUUCGAAGGAGCUUGAUUCGUGUCAACAGGAAAGAGACCAAUUCAAGCUUAUGGCUAAUCAACUACGGGAAAAGCACCAAUCGCUGAAAAAGAAAUACCAAGAACUAAUUGAUGGGGAUCCUUCUCUUCCUCCUGAAAAAAGAAAACAGGCAAAUCUCGCCCAGCUUCUGAGUGAUUCUCGGGAUCGAAAUAAACAUUUAGGGGAAGAAAUCAAAGAACUGCACCAAAGGCUGGGAGAAGUACAGGGAGACAACAAGCUCCUUAGAAUGACAAUUGCCAAGCAAAGACUUGGAGAUGAAGAAGUUGGGGCACGUCAUUUUGCACCCCAUGAACGUGAAGAUCUUGUGCAGCAGUUGGAGAAAGCCCGAGAACAAAUUGAGACUCUACAGCUUGAUCUUCAAGCAGCAUUGGAUGAGCUCCAAGAUGUGAAAGAAGAGCGUUCUUUUUACCAAGAUAAAUCUGACAAACUAAACCAAGAGCUGAAUCAUGUUCUCGGGGGACACGUUGACCGCAUUAUUGAUAUUGAUGCUCUCUGCAUGGAGAAUAGAUACCUUCAUGAGCGAUUAAAGCAAAUUCAAGAAGAGGUUAACAUUCUGAAAUCCAAUAUUGUGAAAUACAAGAACGCUCUAGAAAGAAGGAAAAAUUCCAAGGGUCAUAACAAAUCAAACAGCAGUGCUCUGACUGGAAUUCUUUCAGCAAAACAAGUCCAAGAACUGUUAUCGGAGGAUCACGGCUGUAGUUUACCAGCAACCCCUCAAUCCAUUUCUGAUCUUAAAUCUUUGGCUACUGCUUUAUUGGAGACAAUCCACGAGAAGAAUAUGGUUGUUCAGCACCAAAGGCAAACCAACAAAAUCCUAGGUAACCGGGUGGCGGAAUUGGAGAAAAAAUUAAGAACUUUAGAAGUCUCUGGUUUAUGGAGUCUCCCAGGUGGCAAGGAUACUAUAACAUUUAGUGAAUCAGCUCUUCCUGUUAUCCAGAGGUCACGAUCACCAUUGCUAGCGUUCAUUGAUAAACCACAACAGAAUCCAGAAGAAGUUCAAACACGAGACCUGCGAAUCAUGUGCACUGCUAAAUCGGAAUGGACUCCUCCAGAGGAAACAGAUAUCAUUUCAGAUGAGUCCCACAGAAACCAGAACAGCAGUCCUCAAGCCAAUAAUUUUCAUUCAUCAUUGUCCCAAUUUAUUUCUGAAGAAGAUGAUAUAAGUGGUCUUGAGAAUGACAACAUUAAGCUGACUGAAGAUCGCUCAACUGUGGAACUGGAGGAUAGAGGAACAGAAUGUCUGACAGACAGGCAGGUUGGAAGCCCUGCAGAACUCAACAGUUUCGCUGAAGGUGACUCUCCCUUGCCCAGCCCUCCUCACUUGGAUUCCAGAGAAGCAUCCAACCUAGAGAAGAAACAUCUGCGUGAAAGCCAGACUGUGGAAGAACUGACAGGCACCCAGGAAAAUGAUGUAGCAAAUGUAGAUGAAAACAACAAAAGUGAAUCUAUUGCCAUACUAAAUGUUAAAGAUGCUCAAAAGUUAACUCUUUCAACUGCAGGCUUGAGUUACAUUCCAAAUGAUACACCUGAAGCUACAAAGGUGGGAGAUAUUUCUCCUCAUCAGGACUCUUGGUGAAAAUUUUGACCAUCUCAUCAUGUUCUCCACCUUGAAGCUUCUCCACCCUGCUCUUUUGUUUCUCAGUUGCAAAUAUUGUUCCUCCAACCAACACUACAGUGUAUACAAAAUAAAUGCAUAAAUAAAAUUCUCCUGUAAAUAUCAAUAAUAAAUGCAACUGAAGUGAUUAAUUCUUA